CCUCCCUGCUGCACCCUCCCCCCUCCUUCCUCCCUUUCUAAUUCUUUUUCAACUUUGGAGCACGGCUUUCUGGCAACCCUUAAAUACUACAGUUGCACAACUGGCAUGUCUGGAGUCACAGCUAAGAUUUCCAACUUAUAUUUUGCCCACCGCAAAUGGCAGGUAUCUAUUAAACGCUGAAAGGGAGCCAGGUGUUAUCAAUGAUACCCAAUCACUCGGUGUCUAGGUCCUGGUGCUAUUGUGCGCUCAAUGGGACGAAAGAUUCUGGGUAGGAGACCUGAGGAUGAAGAUCUGGGGUUGCCUUCUAGCACCAGAGUUCGGGGACCCAACAGGAACAGAGGAGUUCCCCAGCGGAGGGCCGAGCCCAGGUGGCUUCGGAGCCUCAAAGAGGGGGCAGUGGGAAGUCUCCUGGCUCCUCAGAGACUGAACUCCAAGAGGGCACCAUGUUCUGCAUGAAUCUCAUACUCACAGGAUCCCAUUUGUCAACUCUCAAGCUUUUAUAGAAUGCUGUGAAUAUUUGCCAAAGCUGUUUUUAAAAGAGAGGGUUGCGGCUUCUUCCUAGGAAUAGACAUCUGCAUUUGCUCUCAUGCCUAACGCCACUGAAGCUGGAAAAGCCACUGAUUCUGGACAUGGUGAGCCCAGAUCUGAGGACAAGUCACCAGAAGAGAGUCUCCAAGGUGCUGUGCCAUCUUUCUACACAAGUGCCUCAGGAGCACCUGUAGGCCCCAGAGGAGAUGGGCAUUAUCCGUCGAGUUGUCCAGUGACUCAUACUCGAGAGAAAGUUUAUGCCAUCUGCUCAGAUUAUGCCUUCCUCAACCAGGCAACAUCAGUCUACAAAACUCCUAGCCUAGCCCGCUCUGCUUGCCUCCCUGAUAACACCUCUCUUUCUGCUGGAAAUAGUACAAGAUAUAUUGGAAUCCCAACUAGUACAUCAGAAAUAAUCUAUAAUGAAGAAAAUAACUUGGAAAACUUAUCCGCUAGCAUGGGCAAGCUACCUCUUGCAUGGGAAAUUGAUAAAUCUGAAUUUGAUGGGGUGACUACAGAUUUGAAACAUAAAUCAGGCAAUGCAAAGAAAGAAAUUUGCAAGAAGAAAACAUCAGAGAAAAAAGGGCGGCACCAGAGGGAUUGUCUCCACUAUUGUCCUCUUGAUGAUGUUAAACAGCGCAAAGUGUUGGACCUUAGGCGAUGGUACUGCAUAAGCCGACCACAAUACAAGACUUCAUGUGGUAUCUCCUCAUUGAUUUCUUGUUGGAAUUUCUUAUACAGCAUAAUGGGAGCUGGGAAUCUCCCACCUAUUACCCAAGAAGAAGCAUUACACAUUUUGGGCUUCCAACCCCCAUUUGAAGAUAUUAGGUUUGGCCCUUUCACUGGAAAUACAACACUCAUGAGAUGGUUUAGACAAAUUAAUGACCACUUUCAUGUGAAAGGAUACUCCUAUGUUCUAUAUAAGCCCCAUGGGAAGAACAAAACAGCUGGAGAAACUGCUCCAGGGGCCUUAUCCAAGUUGACCCGAGGACUGAAAGACGAGUCCCUGGCUUAUAUCUAUCAUUGCCAAAAUCAUUAUUUUUGUCCAAUUGGCUUUGAAGCAACCCCUGUUAAAGCUAAUAAAGCAUUCAGCCGGGGCCCCCUCUCAUCACAAGAAGUAGAAUACUGGAUUUUAAUUGGAGAGUCAAGUAGAAAACAUCCUGCUAUUCACUGUAAAAGAUGGGCAGAUAUUGUCACUGAUCUAAACACUCAAAAUCCAGAAUUCUUAGAUAUCCGACAUCUAGAGAGGGGGCUGCAGUUCCGGAAAACAAAGAAGGUUGGAGGAAAUUUGCAUUGCAUUAUAGCAUUCCAGAGACUCAGUUGGCAAAGAUUUGGCUUUUGGAACUUUCCAUUUGGAACCAUUACACAAGAAUCACAACCUCCCACACAUGCCCCGGGAAUUGCCAAAUCUGAGAGUGAGGACAAUAUCUCCAAGAAGCAGCAUGGUCGUCUGGGCAGGUCCUUCAGUGCUAGUUUCCACCAGGACUCAGCAUGGAAGAAGAUGUCUAGCAUCCACGAGAGAAGGAACAGUGGCUACCACAGCUUUAGAGAUUAUAAUGGCAAUGACUGACCAAGCCAAAACUUAACCACUGGUGUCACCCACGCAGCUGUUAUGUACAGGACUGAAUUAAGACAUCAGCUGGUUUUAUUAAGUCUAUCCAUAGGAACAGAUUUUGUGGUACAAAGCAUACGCUGUAGUUCUCUAGUGAAAAGCCUACAUAGGAUUACUAUGGGUGGCUUCAAAUAUACAGGGAGGUAAGCCCAGAAUUCUGCCCUUUUAAAGUUGAAGUAGAUAAGCAACCUGGACAAAGGGUUUCACAAAAUCCAAUACAAUCAAAACUGCUUCAAAGCAAAAACACAAAUGCUUUUAACAGCAUCAAAACUUGAAGUACUUAAGCAUGAAGUGAUUUACUGAAACUUGACCCCUAGUCAUUUAUUACAGAUAGUUUAAUUCCCAAGGCACCAUCUGUCCUUAAGAAAAUGGGGACAGUCAAGGUCUAGUUUUUGCUCAUGGUUAAAACUAAUUUAAAAUUAUUUUUCUAGUCUAGUUGUUCUUUCAGUGCUAACAGUAUCCAUCUCACAUCUUUGCUUUCUUGAAUAACUCUCAGGAGUCUCCAAAAAGAAGCAGAAAAUCCUUAAGAAACUGACCUUUUCUAUAGGUAUAGAUGGGUGACUUAAGGUCAUUGAUCCUGAUACUCUUGACUUGGCACAUGGCUGUGAAAUAGUUACAAGAAGAAUAUAGGUCUUGAGCGAAGUCUAAUGUUCUAGAACAAACCUUGUUUUAGGGAUAUAGUUACAGAGCACUGGAAUCCAAAGUUUCUAUAUCCAUGGUAAUAUGUGCUGUGACAUGUCACAUUUGACUUGUCUCUUAAUGGAGUCAUGUGUUAACAACAGCACUGAAGACAUGCUGGUGAUGUCCAGCUCACUUGGAGGAAAACUUUGUAUUCUCAACUCUGAGCCGUUUCCUUUUGUGAAACAUCCAAGCAAUUAGGUGUUUGACGUGUGUGUUAAAUAUUUUGGAAGUGUGAAUUCAAUACUUCUGAGCUCCUCUUUAGCUGCUGUUGCUUUCCUUUUGCUGCCAAGGUGUGGCUCAUAGACUUCUAUGAUGCUGUUCUUUCAUGUCGUAGGUUCAUUCCAGGAUUCAAAUCAGAAACUUGGUGAUUACAAGGUGCUGAGUAUGUUGGAACCAUAUUGCAAUACACCUCAAAGGGAGGUUUCAGAUUUUCAGUUUUUAAAAAACAAAAAUUCAUUUCUUUCUCUUGAAUUUUAUAUCCAUCUAUCCACUCAUAUAUGUUUAACCUACAGAGUUAGAAAAUGGUCUUGUUUUUGAAGAGAUUAUUUAGCUUGAAAUGUAAAGGACUGAAAGAUUUGUAGGUUGUUGAUUUUGUUACUUCACACUGGAACUUUGAAAAUGUUUUCAUCAAAUAAAGUUUUGUUUUCUACUUUUAAUCCUAUGAAUUUUAAUGUCUAUGUUUAAGUUAAGGUGUAUCCUUGUAACUGUGUGAAGCAUAUGGUAAUUUGUUAAUUCCAUGUAAUAAGUGUUAAAAGAAACAUCUUACAAUUUUUAUAAUUACUGAAACAAUGUGAAAAGUCAAUGGCUUCCAUCCCAUGCUUGGUACUUUUCAAGUACUUGAACACUGAUUCUCUAAUACUUCACAACAUGAUUUGGAAAUUUUCUUGUAUUAGUUUCAGAAAAAAAACAAAACAAAAAAGAAGGUUGGAAUUUUUGUGAUUCAAGUGUAUUUUCAAUAUAAACUGUUUUUAAUAGUUCAAUUGAAUAUUUCAAAGAAAUACAUUUGAAGAGCUAAGACAAAAGAAUACAAAUGCAAAAUAAAAUAUAAACACUAAGAAGAAAGUGACAGCUGGGAAAAUAAGAUGAAUUUAUUUCCUGUAUACUAAUGUGCUUUAUUAAAAACACUGACAGACAUA